UUUAAUACCUUUUUAAUAAAAAUAUUUAUUGACAAACAAAAAAAAUAAAUACUAAAAAAAAAUAAAUAAAAUAAAAAUAUUAAAAAAAUAGUAAAAAAAAAAUAUUUAAAAAAAUAAAAAAAAAAUAAAUUUUAAUAAUAAAUAAAAUUAAGUGAUGAAUUAAAUAUAAUAUUUCACUAUCACAAAUGUUUAUUAUUAUGUGUAAUAAAUUACAAUUUUCGUAACGUCGCAAAAUGUAAAUUGAAUCCUGAUCGUCUUUUGUGCACAAAUCACGUAUUAGAGAACGUUAAGAGCAUCACCAUGAUUAUCAUGUUUAAAUUAAAACGGCGAAUAAUGUGAAGUGCACUCCGGGCAAUGAGAUACAAGAACGCGAAAUUAUCAUAAAAAUAAUAAAGAUGAACAUAAGAUAAGAGAUAAAACACACACAAAAAAGUGCAACAAGCACAAGUGAGAGAAAAGAAAAGCAGUGAAGAUGAAUCUGUAUACGAUUCUGGUGUUUUUAUUAAAAUUCGCUGCAUUGCUAACAUACGUCACGGGAACUCGUGUAAACACAAGUAGUAGCAAUAACAAUGAAAUUUACGAGCCAUAUGCAAAUUACAAAGCACCCCAUCGCGCCGAUGAAGUAUUUAUUAUGAAUAAUAACGAUGACAGUAAAAGUGAUAAAGUGUCUCUCACCGAUAACUUCAUAUAUCAUCGUUUGGUGCGCGCAAUUUCAUCGUCAUCGACAACGGCUGCUUCUGUCGCCGCAGCACCGCAUCAGCACCAUCGUCGAAACAAUCGUUCACACAUGGCACCAAUUAAACGCGACAUCCACUUUGCCGUGUUACUGCCAACGACACUACCGCACUCGCAACACUCCAACGUGUCAGCGCUCGUAUUAACCGCCAUGGAUCUCGCAAUCCGCAAAUUGCGCGCCAAUAACGGUCCUCUGGCAAAUUACAACAUCUGGUACGAGUACAAGGACACACGAUGCUCUUCGACAUACGGCCCACUGGCAGCAUUCGACUUUUAUAUCGUCAACAAGCCGGAUGCCUUUUUUGGACCGAUGUGCGAUUACGUGUUGGCGCCAGUUUCGAGAUAUGCAGGCGUCUGGGAAGUUCCCGUACUCACCGGUGGCGGCAUUGCAGACGCCUUUAACUACAAAACGCAAUAUCCGACAUUGACACGGCUGCUGGGCGGAUAUGUGCAUAUUGGACAAGCGUUUAAGGAGAUUUUGAAUCAUUUCAAUUGGACAAUUGCCUUUGCGAUGUUUCAUAACCACGUGGAUCGGGCGAACAAAGGAAAUUCGCAAUGCUCGUUGACAAUGGCGCCUAUUUUUAGAACGUUAAAUCGCACGGAUCAGAUCUAUCAGGAAUUUGAUGAAACAACGGCAACCAAAGAACGACUGCUAACUGCAUUAAAACUUGCAAAACGAAAUGCUAGAAUUAUCAUCAUGUGUGCCAGUCCCGAUACAAUUCGGGAUAUCAUGCUGGCGGCGCACGAGCUCAACAUGGUCGAAAGUGGGGAAUACGUUUUCUUCAACAUUGAAAUAUUUUCCAGCAUGACAAAAACGAGCAUCCAACCGUGGUAUAAGGAAAGCGAUCCGCCCGAAGUUAAUGAACGAGCACGAAUUGCGUAUUCCGCAUUGUUGACGGUGACAGCACGACAGCCCGAGGACGAGAUUUAUCGUAAUUUUUCGGAGGAAGUCAAAUCGCUGGCAAAGGAAAAGUACAACUACACAUUUGGCGAAAACGAGACUGUCAGCACAAUUGUCACGGCAUUCUAUGACGGCGUCUUUCUCUAUGCCUACGCACUGAACGACACAAUUCGUCAAAUGGGCGAGAAACGAGCACUGCAUGGACCGGUAAAUGGCACACAUCUCACCCAUAUGAUGUGGAAUCGUACGUUCAAGGGCAUCACGGGCAAUGUGACGAUUGACAAGAACGGCGAUCGGAUGUCAGAUUACUCCCUGUACGACAUGAAUCCCGAAACGGGAUAUUUUGAGCUUGUGGCUAAUUAUUAUCACGACAUGGGACUGCGAUACAUGGAAAAUCGGUCGAUUCAUUGGGCGGGCGACAGAGAUGAGGCGCCGCCUGAUAGCCCGAUUUGCGGAUUCGACAAUAGCUUGUGCCCGGAUAACUCGUUGCCCGGCUAUGCGAUUUUGUCGAUUGUGUUGAGUGUGAUUUUGCUCAUUAUGGCGCUGAUUUCUUUUUUUGGGUACGGCCACUAUCGACUCGAAGCUGAGAUUAACUCGAUGAGCUGGAAAGUUAAUCAAAAUGAGAUUUUGCGAACGAGCACGGCGGGUCGGCAUGGACGUGGCAGUUGCUAUUCGCUCGCCGUGACAAACAACAAACGCGGAUCACAGUUGACCGUCAAUUCCGAGGAAUUUGGUUCGAUAGGCGGCGAUAGAGUGCCAUUUAUUCCAAUUGCAUUCUACAAAGGUCAACGAGUGGCAGUUAAGAAGAUCGAUGUGGCCAAUUUGACACUUAAUCGCUCUCUCAUGUUGGAACUGAAGAAGAUGAAGGAUUUGCAACACGAGCAUCUUGUUCGGUUCUACGGGGCGUGUUUGGAACCGCCAGAAACGUGUAUUUUGACGGAAUUUUGCCCGAAAGGCUCUCUGCAAGACAUACUGGAAAAUGAACAAAUUAAGCUCGAUUGGAUGUUUAAGUUGUCGCUCAUGCAUGACAUUGUUAAGGGAAUGGCAUUUCUCCACUCAAACGAAAUCGGAUCGCAUGGCAACCUGAAAUCAUCAAAUUGUGUCGUUGAUUCGCGUUUCGUGCUAAAAAUCACGGAUUUUGGUUUGCAUGAAUUGCGUUCGCCCACAGGGGAGGCUGCCGAUCCGGAUAGCUAUCAAUAUUGGAGAAGACAAUUAUGGACAGCUCCUGAGCUACUGAGAAUGGAAGAGAAUCGUCCGCCACGCGGCACUCAAAAAGGAGAUGUUUACUCGUUCGGAAUUAUCGUCCACGAAAUUAUCACUCGACAAGGUCCCUUCUUCCUCGGUGACGAAGAGCGAUCGCCAAAAGAAAUUGUACAUUUAGUGAAAACGGUUCCGAAAUUCAUGGCGCCGUUUCGACCGAAAAUCGAUGAGACUGCUUUUGAAGAUAUUAAUAACAUAAUGGUCAAGUGUUGGCAGGAGUCGCCGCUCGAGAGACCGAUGUUCUCAGCACUAAAGUUGCAGAUUAGGAAAAUAAAUAGAGAAAACGAAUCCAGUAACAUAUUAGAUAAUUUAUUGAAACGCAUGGAGCAAUAUGCGGACAACUUGGAGACCUUGGUAGAAGAACGAACGCAGGAUUAUUUCGAAGAGAAGCGCAAAUGUGAAGAGCUGUUGUAUCAAUUGCUGCCGAAAUCUAUCGCGAACCAAUUGAUCAGCGGCAAACCCGUGAUAGCAGAGUAUUAUGAUCAAGUGACAAUAUAUUUCAGUGAUAUUGUAGGUUUUACGGCAAUUUCCGCCGAAAGUACUCCGAUGCAAGUUGUGGAUCUGCUGAAUGAUCUCUACACGUGUUUCGACUCCAUCAUCGAGCAUUUUGACGUGUACAAGGUAGAAACGAUCGGCGACGCUUACAUGGUCGUGUCUGGCUUACCUGUGAGAAACCAAAAUCGUCAUGCACGCGAAAUAGGUCGCAUGGCGCUGUCACUUCUCUCGGCUGUGCAUCACUUUAAAAUCCGUCAUCGACCUGGGGAGCAGCUAAAAUUGCGGAUUGGGCUGCAUACGGGACCGUGUGUUGCGGGCGUCGUCGGUUUAAAGAUGCCCCGAUAUUGUCUCUUUGGAGAUACAGUCAACACAGCUUCUCGCAUGGAAAGUAACGGUGAACCAUUGAAAAUUCACAUUAGUCAUAGUACAAAGGAAGUAUUAGAUGUCUUUGGGACCUUUGAAAUUGAGACGCGCGGUUUGGUGAAGAUGAAAGGCAAAGGUGACAUGCUCACUUUCUGGUUGACUGGCGAAAAGGAGAGCGAUUCUCUCAAUAACAUGCUAUUCAAUGGCAAUAACAACACUUUGCUAACUGGCAGUACUGUCGCUGCUGCUACUGCCGGCGCCGCCGACGAACAACAAGAGCUUAAGAAUUCAUCGCAUUUUCCCGCGGCAACCAAUGGAAAUGGCAUUCUAUCGAGUACAGUUCCCGCUGCCACAAAUAAACGCAUCAACAACGUUGGUUUCAAUGUAGUCAAAUCAAAUAAUAUUAAGAAUCAGCCGUUCCUUAAAAAGAUGUCAAACUUAUCGAAUAAUGAUAAUAACAGCAUGGCGCAACAACCAUUGCUGAAUAAAUUAAAUUAAGUUAAGUUGUUCAGACUUUUAACUCGACGUAAAAAAAUAAAUCAAAAAAUGUUUUAAGAAUUUUAAGUGGAGAAUCUCAAAAAAAAUAAUUAUUUAAGAAAUGAAAGAAAUAUAUACGUAGUAGAUCAUCCUCCUCUGAAAACCCU